UUGAAAUGUAAGAGUGGCCUAAGAAAUUAUUUUUAGCAAUAGCAUUCAUUUCAUGUUUUACUUGCUAUGCGAGACCAGAUUAUAAUUUACCACUUUUUGCAUUUGCAUAUUUAUUAUGGGAUAUCGAUAGACCUGUAUAAAAAUUUGUGAAUUGGAAUAGGUUUCAUAAAAGAUUAGAUUGAUAUAUUUGUUUGUCUAUUCUUGGAUUAUUGAUUUUGUUUGGUUAGUUUACUGGGGUCCAUUUUGGAAUUCAUCAACUUUUUCACAUAAUUGGGCAGAUGGAAUACAAACAUUUGUGUUAGUAUUAUCAGUUAUCAACUUUAUUCUCAAAGUAGAAGAUUGAUUAAUUUAUAAGUUAGGAACAAUAGUAGUGUGUAUAUUGGCAGAAAAAGAGUGUAAGGAUGCAUUGCAUCCAGAGAAUGCAAUGGCUCACGCAAAGAAUAUUUUUAAUAGUGAGGUUUAGCAUUAAUGAAUUAGUUAAUAUGGA